AUAGACAAUGGCAUUGUUAAACUGACAUUAAUGAAUCCGUCCGGGUUGAUCACAAGCAUCGGAUACAAAGGGGUCGACAAUGUUCUUGAGUAUCGUAACGCAGAAGGCCGAAGAGGAUAUUGGGACAUAGUGUGGAGCAGGCCAGAUCGCAACGGAAGCAAUUUUGACACGUUGUAUUGCACAAGGUUGAGAGUUAUAGAAGAAAGUGAUGUUCAAGUUGAGAUUUCAUUCAUGAAGACAUGGGAUCGCUCGCUUGAUGGAGAAGUGCCUCUCAAUAUCGAUAAAAGGUUUAUUCUCCUGCGCGGAUCUUCAGGUUUCUACUCUUACUCGAUAUUCGAGCAUAUGGAAGGAUGGCCUGAUCUCAACAUAGACGAAGCAAGAAUCGCCUUCAAGCUUCACCAAGACAUGUUUCAUUACAUGGUAAUAUCAGACAACAAGCAAAGGAUCAUGCCAUCUGACAAUGACAGAAAAGUAGGGGAUACGCUUGAUUACCGGGAAGCUGUUCUGAUAACACAUUCCAGCAACCCUCGAGUAAGAGGAGAGGUGGAUGACAAGUACCAGUACUCGUGCAAUAACGAAGAUAACCACGUGCAUGGCUGGAUCAGCUCUACUGGCCAGCGUGUCGGAUUUUGGGUGGUGAUGCCCGGUGAUGAAUUCAGAGGCGGCGGCCCUGUCAAACAAGACCUCACAUCACAUGCCGGCCCAACUUCCUUAGCUACGUUUUUCAGUGCACAUUAUGCUGGUGUCAACUAUGGAGUUAGAUUGCGCAACGGAGAGCAUUGGAAGAAGGUGUUCGGCCCUGUUUUCGUCUACCUCAACUCGGAUCGCAACAAUAACUCUACUGCCAUUUGGGAAGAUGCAAAGAGACAGACAGCAAAAGAGAGGAAGAAAUGGCCAUAUGACUUCCCACAAUCACCUGAUUUUCCAGAUGCCAAUCAACGCGGUGCAAUCCGCGGACGACUGCUAGUACAGGACAAGGAAACCGCGGUAGCAAAAUCAGCAUAUGUGGGAUUGGCCCCACCCGGAGAUGUUGGUUCAUGGCAAGAUGACUCUAAGGGCUAUCAAUUUUGGACACGAACGGACGACAGAGGCUACUUCAGUAUAAAAGGUGUUAGACCAGGCACAUACAACUUGUACGCUUGGGUGCCAGGCGUCAUUGGAGACUACAAACACCACAGCGAGAUUACGAUCCGACCAGGGGAGCAAGUUCAAAUAGGCGAUGCUGUGUACGCUAGUCCAAGAAAUGGUCCAACGCUCUGGGAAAUCGGGAUCCCUGAUCGUACUGCAGCCGAGUUCUAUGUCCCAGAUCCAAACCCUCUCCUUGUAAACAAACUAUUCAUCAACCACCCAGAAAAGUACAGGCAAUAUGGCUUGUGGAACAGAUACACAGAUUUGUAUCCUCAUCACGAUCUUGUUUACACCGUUGGAGCCAGCGAUUAUCACAAGGACUGGUUUUUCGCCCAUGUAAACAGGCAUGUGAAUAAAGAGUAUGUCCCAACAACAUGGCAAAUUGUGUUCAACUUAGGAACGGUGGUGAGGAGAGGAAGUUACACGCUGAGGGUAGCGUUGGCAUCUUCGAGUUUUGCAGAAAUACAAGUAGGGAUCAACAACAACAACAACAACCAACGGCCUCAUUUCUCAACGGGGAGGAUUGGGAAAGACAACGCGAUUGCAAGGCAUGGGAUACAUGGGCUUUACAAACUGUACAGUGUAACGAUAUCGGGAUGUCAGUUGGUUGAAGGAAGAAAUACAAUAUAUCUGAGGCAAUCGCGAGGCGGAUACCCAUUCACCGGUGUCCUGUACGACUACAUUCGCCUAGAAGGCCCGCCUCCACGUUAAACUUAAUGCUCGCCUUUUCUAUCAAAAUGCUCACUCUGCAUAUAUAUAUGUAUACAUUAGAAUAUAGUACACAGUUUUUUUCAUCAAUUCUUUUCAUUCAUGUAUUUUAGUUUUACAAGCAUUAUUGUCAACAUGAAUAGUGCUGUUUGUUAUUUAUUCAAGUAUGUAUGUUUUUCA